UCUUCGCACCCAAAGACGCAGCGGGGCAUCGGAAAGAGGGAGAGAGAUAGAGAGAGAGAGAGAGAGAGAGAGGAGACGGCGUACGGGAGACGAUGGAGUUGGAGAUCUUGGGAAUCAACUUUGGGUGCGUGAUCGGGGCGCUGCGAGCGUGGGAGUUCCCGGAGAAGGAUUGCCUGCUUCCCCUCGUCGCCAAGAUCCUCGGCUACUGCAUCGUCGCCGCCUCCACCACCGUCAAAGUGCCCCAGAUACUUAAAAUUUUGAAAAAUAGCAGCAUCAGGGGACUUAGUGUUGUGGCCUUUGAGUUAGAAGCUGUUGGUUACACAAUUGCUUUGGCAUAUUGUAUUCACAAGGGGCUUUCCUUUUCAGCUUAUGGAGAAUUACUUUUUCUCUUAAUUCAAGCCAUAAUUUUAGUUGCAAUUAUCUACUACUAUUCCCAGCCAGUGGGAGGUAAAGCCUGGAUAAAGCCUCUGCUAUAUUGUGCUGUAGCACCAACUGUUUUAGCUGGCCAGAUUGACCCGUUACUUUUUGAAGCCCUAUAUGCUUCUCAACAUGCGAUUUUUUUCUUUGCAAGAGUACCACAAAUAUGGGAGAACUAUAAAAACAAGAGUACUGGGGAAUUGAGCUUCUUGACAUGUUUUAUGAACUUUUGUGGCUCUAUUGUGAGAGUCUUUACUAGCAUUCAGGAAAAUGCUCCACUUAGUGUGAUUAUGGGUUCGGUCAUUGGUAUUGCGACGAAUGGCACCAUCUUGAGUCAAAUACUCGUGUACCAAAAACCAGAUGCAAAGAAAGAGAAGAAAGGACAGUAAACUACACCAUUUUCAUCCAAAGAUUUGCUGCAACUUGUUACAAGAUUACUUGUCAAUGGAGCACUGGGAAGUCUUACCUGUUUCACUUUUCAAGACUAUGAAAAUGCAACUUGUACAAUAUUUACCCCUUGACCGAAGGCAUUUCAUUUCUUCUUGUAAGGCGACAUAUUUAUAAUCUUCAUUACUAGUACGAAAUGCUUUCUACUAUACUGCUCAACAGUUUACAUUUUAGAUUGAGUUGUAAGUUAUAAUCAUGGUCCUCAUAUACAUAUGACGGAAAGGAAACAUUUGAUUCAAUUAUAGCCAGUUUUAUCAA